AUGAUUCUAGUCCCCAAUCUGGUUGCGAGGGCCGUUGAUGAUCAGCGCCGCAACCCACCCAAGGUCGCCAUCAUACUGGCCAUCCUUGUGUCUAUCCUGAUACUGCUCACACCCAUCAUCUUUGGCGCCAGAGGCGUCAGGCGCUUCUUUUCCCAUCGAACUAUGCACGACUCCCCUGAAAGGAAUCUGUGUCUCACCCCAGAGGCACUUAACUUGAUGCCAGUGAAGAAGUAUCGUGGCACCAAAACUGAUGUUUCAAGGACUGGUGGGAACUACUCCCCGGGGCAGCCUGACAGUCUGCAGAGCUGCUCUAUCUGCACCGAGGACUUUGGAAGGGGUGUAGAGUUCCGCCCCUUGCCCUGUGGCCAUAGAUUCCAUCCUGCCUGUAUUGAUCCAUGGCUAUUGCAGCGCUCUUUGACCUGCCCUCUCUGUCGCCUCAACGUUGCAACCGGUCUCAUCGCCACCACCCGUCCCGAAUCACCCGCUGAGCCACGCCGAGUCCUCUUCCUCACUGACCUGUGGGUGCACCGACGCCCGAGACUAAGAGUUACCCAAGAGCUGCCUCCCCUCCAGGCCAUCCCGAGCACCCGAUCCAUGGGGCCAGGCACCGCGAUCCAGCCACGACCCUUUCGACCAGGGCUGCCAUCGAUUUCGGAGGUUUUGAAUCAGAUGGGACCUGCGAGGUAG